AUGUCAUCAAGACGUGGAGAAUAUGGUUACCGAGAUGGGUCGGUACAGUUUCCACGACGUUCUGCCCGAGAGAGACAAACGAUUUAUAUGAGUCUGGAUGAGAAUUUUCUCCUUGGUAAUUCAACAGGGGAUUCACUAUUACGUUCUCUGGUCGACCGAGCUAAUAGAUCGCGGGAUUCAAUAAAUAGUGCAUACAUGCUACCUCAUUCGUUCCGCUAUUCGACAAGAUCAAAAGAUAGGAUCUACGUAGAUUCGUACGGAGUUCCGAUGAAUAGACAAAGCGAUGUUGAUGAUGAUUCCGAAGACUUCAAGAUCCGGAAGAAAACGAAGUCGAAACCAUCAUCUCCAGUAGACGAGGAGAACAAUUCUCCGGCUUCAGAUUCGACAGCUGAAGACGCACGUCCGGGAUUGUCAAAUUCGACGACCGAAUCUUCCACUAAACAAGGAGUUGUAGAACCAAAUAUGUACGAGAGCGUAAAACAGCGACAUCAGGCAAAAAAGCAGGCUACACUCGUCGCCCAAAAAAAGGCCAAAAAUGCUGCGGCUUGCAAUUCACUUCGUAGGCGACAGCCUAAAAAGGAAGAUUCAGAAGAUGGUGAGGAAGAUCGAAGGAAUGGUGCUCCGGAAGAAGAUGAUGAAUCAGAUGAAAAUGUACCGCGACAUUAUGCACUAAGGACACAUAUCAAUCCAGUAGCACGUUUUUGUAUUGAACCUCGUUCUCAGUCUACACGUACAUAUACUUUUCGACGUGAACUGUUAAAUAAUGAUUUAGGAGGAUCAGGAUCACGACGGGAUAUCCAUCGAAAACGGCUCACCGGUAGAAGCGAUUCGGAUUCGUCCUCUACUUCAUCUAGCGGUACUAUGCAAGCUAACAGGGAUACUCGAUUCGAAUGCCACCGUCUUCGAAGAAUGAAUAAGGCUAGAGCUCAAUUACGUCCAGUCAACAACGAUGAUUUGUCGUAUACAAUUGGCGUGCGUGACUUGAUCCGUCGCAAAGCUGGAACAGCUAAUAUUUCUGGAUCAGAUAUUGAUCCCAUGCAUAUUGAUCGCAGCAUCGAUUUUAGCAAAAUUGGUGGUUUAGAUUAUCAUAUACAAUCUUUGAAAGAAGUAGUUCUUUUCCCGUUGUUGUAUGGUGAAAUUUUUUCUCAGUUCAAUAUUCAGCCGCCGAAAGGAGUUCUUUUUUACGGGCCACCGGGUACGGGAAAGACACUUGUAGCACGUGCGUUGGCCAAUUCAUGCAGCGAAGGUGAUAAAAAAGUAGCAUUUUUCAUGCGCAAAGGAGCCGAUAUUUUGAGUAAAUGGGUAGGCGAAUCUGAAAGACAGUUAAGAGUUCUUUUCGAACAGGCCUUCAUAAUGCGUCCUUCUAUAAUAUUCUUUGAUGAAAUUGAUGGUUUGGCCCCCGUUCGAAGUUCAAAACAAGAUCAAAUUCACAGUUCUAUCGUUUCAACUUUGCUAGCACUUAUGGAUGGAUUGGACAGUCGGUGCGAGGUUGUUGUAAUCGGAGCAACGAAUAGGAUUGAUGCGAUUGACCCUGCUUUAAGACGUCCCGGUCGAUUUGAUCGGGAAUUGAGCUUUCGUUUGCCUCAUAAAAGUGCCAGAUUGGAAAUUUUAAAAAUUCAUACAUCGUCUUGGGGCAUUAAUCGACCAUCAGACAACAUUUUUAAAUGGCUUUCUGAUCGCACGUCGGGAUAUUGUGGCGCCGAUUUGAAGUCACUUUGUACGGAAGCAAUUCUUACUGCACUUCGAUCUCAAUUUCCUCAAAUCUAUUUAUCCAAAGAAAAGGUCUACAUUGAUCCCAAAGCAUUAAAAGUGGAAAAGAAACAUUUCGAUAUUGCUAUGCGACGCAUUGUACCAGCUGGUCGAAGAGAUUUUACCAUACCUUCGCGAAUUUUGGACGACAGACUUAAGAUAUUAUUAGAAGAUGUGAUUGCUUUAAUAUGUCGCCGCAUUCCCAAAGGUUAUCACGAUAUAGUCGACAACAGUCGAGAGUCGAGUGAGAUCGAGCGAAUCCUGAAAACAGUUUAUUCAAGCCCUGCUGUACCAUCUGCUCGUUUACUGCUCUGUGGUUCCUCCAGUAAUAUAGGUCAAACGUCAUAUAUCCUACCUGUUAUCAUAAAUCAUUUGGAUCAUCUUCCAGUAUUUUCACUUUCAAUGGCCAACCUCUUCUCUUACGGGUCACCAGAAGAGCGUUUUUCUUAUUGUGUACAAUCUGCUAUUCAAGCCUCAUCAAGCGGGACACCCUGCUUAUUGUUGAUUCCUUCCAUUGACAGAUGGUAUUCAUCAGUACCUUCAUCAGUUUGGAAUCUGCUCUUAUCUGCACUCAGUUCAUUCACGGGUUUCACUUCCAUUCUUCUUCUUUCCACAGCAGAAUGUAGCUAUUCGAAACUUCCUGCCGCUAUUCAAUUAGUUUUUCGUUCUCAUGAUUCAAUGGAAAUAACUGCACCUCCAACUGAUCGACUUAAAGCUUAUUUUUCGCAUGUUAUUGUCGAACCAGCUUGUACUCCACCCAUAACAUUUAACGUUGAUAAAUACCCUACGCUUCCAAAAGCCGAUGUAGUACAGCCGUCAAGCCGUCUCAACGAUGAUGAGAUUAAAGAGCUGAAGAAGCUUUAUGAUCAAUAUCAUUUGGAAAUUACUCUUCAUUACGAAGAAACAAUUGCUCGUUUAAUCCGUGAUCGUCGGUUCAAUGCAUUCGUACAACCAGUAGAUCCUGUAGAUGUGCCCGAUUAUUAUACACACAUUAAAAAUCCUAUGGAUCUUGGUACUAUGUUUUCAAAAGCAUCAAGCUAUAAAACGCCCGAUGAGUUUCUCAACGAUUUCCGAUUGAUUCAUCAAAAUGCAGUAGAAUAUAAUCCAGUAACUGAUUGUGAAGGACGUCAGAUUCGCAUGAUGGCAAAAGUGUUGUUGGAUAUGGGUCAGCGGGCAGUUCUGGAAUUGGAUUCCAAGUUCCUGAAACGUCUAGAGGAUGUGAAACGGAUGUUGAAAGAAAAUGGCAUCAAGGUGGAUGAUGAAAGUGUUGAGGGCGAUCAUGGAAAACAACUCAAUGGACAUGUGGCGAAGAAUAAUGAAGUCCAUGUGAAGAACGGUCAAUUAAAAGACGAUGUGCCAGAAGAACUGAAAAAACCCGGCAUCAAGCGACGUGGAUUGCAGACUUCCAAAUUGUCUCGGAAACGACGUUGCAUGAAGAAAUCACUUAAAAAAUACCGUGCAAGCCACCUCAAUUUGAACAGUCAGAUCGAAGGUAUUGAUGUGUUAAGUGAAGAUAGUGUGCUGAGUGAAGGUGACCAACCUAUAACAGAUGAUGAUAAGGAUUUUGAGAAUCGACGGCGUAUGGACACAAGUAACUCAAGUUCAAACCGUGAAACGGAUAACAUUAAAGAAGGUAGAAAUCUUAAAAUCGAUCUCAAUAAACUCAAUGCAGUAGUUCAUGCGGCCGUAGAAAAAAGUCGCAAUUGGCCGUUGGUGGAUUUGGAACUUUUUGCUGCCAGGAUUUCGGAGAUUAUUGAGAUAUUCCGUGACAAAUGGGAUCGUACACAAUUGCCUUGUGAAAUCGAGAGAAUGAUCCUUAACUGGAAGUGUUCGAAUUAG